AGAUGGAGAUUACGAGGAGACAUCGAAGGCGGCACUAGCCUUUCAUUGUGUUCAGUGGGUGACUUGACCCAUUUGUCUCCAGUGGUAACGUCAAUGUAACUCACCGCAGAUAUAACUUUAUUAGCUAGCACUAUGCAGCUGCAUGUACAAAUGUUGGACUUUUUCAGGCACCAACACUAAAAGCGUUGGAAGAACAGAUUUCUAGCUGCUCUGCUAGCUAGCUAGCUAGCUACAUCAGGAGGAGCACCAAAUGCACGACGCUGGUAGCGAAUGCUAACCUAGCUACACUGUUAGCAUCUUAGCAGCUGUUCCGUCCACUGCAUCAUUGAGUCCUACGAUAGUCUAACGUUAAACAGACUUAACGUUACAUACAGUCUAUGAUACCACAGAUAUCAGCAAAAUGACCUCAGCUUCCACUAAAGUUGGGGAGAUCUUCUCUGCAGCUGGAGCUGCCUUCACCAAACUAGGAGAGCUCACCAUGCAGCUUCACCCAGUGGCAGACUCCAGUCCUGCAGGCGGUCAGACCAAGAGCACAGUGAAGAGGAAGCUGUAUGAAGACGGAGCUCCGUCCGCCGCCUCCGAUGGACCUAAAAAGGUCAUCAAGAAAACCGUUGCUGUAGCCACGCAGGGCACUCCAGCCGCCAUCGCCGUGCCUACAGCUCGGGUCGGCGCGGCGUCAGGACUGCAGGGCCCCGCCUCCACCCUGAAGAAACAGAAGACUGCAGACGUGACCCUCAGUGCUCUUAAUGACUCAGAUGUCAACAGUGAUCUGGUGGACAUGGAGGGACUCGGGCAAGGAUCCAACUCCAAAAAACUCAACAACUUUGAUCAAGAUAACCUGAACCUGGACUCGAGCCUCAUCAUGAAUCCCAGCGAUCUGCCUCUGCUCUCCCGUUGACACCUUUCACUUCCCGUGGACUUGAAAUGACGGACAAAACUAUAAAAGUCACACCCGAGUUGUAACAACCUGGACUUGUCUUUUGAGCCAGAAGGUGGUGACCACCCACAUCAGAGGAAUCUAGUAGUAUUGAAUAUUGUGUUGUGUCACUGCUGUGAGAGUUGUUGGCACUAUCAGCAACGUGUUUGGAUCAUUUAAAAAAAAAAAAAAAAAAAAAAACAUU